AUGUUGAUGAAGAAGAUGUGGAUAGUAGAGGAGCGCAAGGACAAGACCGUCUACCGCCGUCGCUGUCCUAGUGGUUCCGAGGUGCUGUCCUUCUUCUUCGUCUCCACCUGCGCCCUGCUCUUCCUGCUCAUCUGCUCCAUCCUCUAUGGCACCCGCACCGAGAACCCCACAUUGCCGCCCUUGGUCAAGGAGUACAUGCCCGCGGGCCGAUGUCUCUGCGAGUUCAGCACCACCUUCUCGUGCGACACCUGUCUGGACUGCGCUUCCAACCAGGCCAUUCUGGCCGCCACCAAACCACCAAGGAAGAGGAGGAUCUGUGGACCUUCAACUAUGCACGCGACAAGAACAAAUUAUGGCUUGAGCGAAGCUCAAGUGCGCAAGCGAUGGGGCAAGGUGACCGAGGCCGACCUGUCCAGCUUCGACCUGAGCAAAGGCAUGGUCCGAGGCUUGCUCUUUGAGAGAGAGCUCUACAUCAUCGAGACCUAUCUAGUCGACAAUGUCAAUCGACAAAAGGCUCUUGCCACCCUCAGUGCCCUCUAUCGCUCCGUUCUCUCGGCCCCCCCCUCGACCGACAUACCAAACAUUGAAUUCGUCUUCUCCGUCGAAGACCUCCCUGCUCAACCCAACAAGCCCAUGUGGUCGCUGGCCCGCCGUGUGCAGGACCAUAAUCUUUGGCUGAUUCCCGACUUUGGUUUCUGGAGCUGGGAUAUGCCUGCUUUGGGCACGCUAGACGAGGUUGCCAACGAGGCGGUCGAGCGCGAGGCCGUAGAGCCUUGGGACCAGAAAAUGGAGAAGCUCGUGUGGCGGGGCAAGAUCACAUUUGCGCCCAAGCUGCGGAGGGCCCUGCUAGACGCAGCCAAGGGCAAGCCGUGGAGCGACGUGGGCCAGCUCAAAUGGACAGACCCAAAUUUCAAGGAGCAGUUUUUGGGCCCAGUGGACCAGUGCAACUACAUGUUUAUUGCACAUGCCGAAGGUUGGUUGCAUCCUCGUACGAUCGGGCUGACAACCUCGGGCAAUCCAAUGGUACAGGAUGCUAACGAUCUGCUAGGACGCUCCUACUCGGGCUCCCUCAAGUACCGCCAACUCUGCCGCUCCGUCAUCGUCUCCCAUAAGCUUCAGUGGAUACAACACUACCACUACCUCUUUCGCUCCAACGGCAGCAACCAAAAUUUUGUCGAAGUCGAGCGUGACUUUUCCGACCUCUCCUCGGCCAUGGAAGAUCUCCUGGACCACCCCGAAAAAGCGAAGCGCAUCGCGGACAACAGCGUACAGGUGUUUCGUGAGCGAUACUUGACACAAGCCGCGGAAACGUGCUAUUGGAGGCACUUGAUUAAGCGGUGGAAAGAAGUCAUGGCAUGGGAACCCGUGCUGUACAGUGGUGUCGAGGUGGGCGACCGUGUCAAGCGGACGCAAAAGCGGGGGGUGCGGUAUGAGACGUUUAUGUUAUACGAACCCAAAACACAACUGGAAUGGCCGAAAAGUGCUUCAUGA